AAACUGAAUUUAAUGCGUUUUUAGGUGGAUUUUUGAAAUUAGGGUUUGGCCCAAAAAUUUGACUCUUUUUUCAACAUUUAAUAAGAGGUUACAAUUUUUGGUUUUAUUUUACGAAAAUCGAACUACUAUAACAUAUAGUCGCUAUAGGAACGAUAGGGAAAUUAUUAUAAAAAUAUUUUAAUUUCGCUGUCUAUCAACAUAUUUUCAUAUAACUUGAGAUAUCUCAAGAUUCUAAAAAAUUGAUUAUUCAUUUUAUGAGAAUCGAACGACGAAAUAUUAUAAAUUCAAUCAUAAGGUAGGGAAAUGAAUAUAAAAGUACUUAAAUUUUGCCGUUUUACAAUAUGUCUAUUUGUCUAAAAUUUCUGUUUCAAAUUUAAUGCAAUCGUAGUAUUGUAUCAUAUACAUAGAUGCCAUUAAAACGAUCGGUAAAUGUAGAGUAAAAUGCUGAAAUGUAGAUCGAGAGCUGUAGCUAUAAAACUGUACAUUUAAAAGUUGAUGUAAUAAAAGUUCACAUUACUUCGUUGUUUGACUUCACUGCGUGCCAACUUUUGACUAAAAUCAAAAUACCCUUAAAGAGCAUGACAAAAGUAAAAUAAAUAUAAAUUAAUUUUAUGGUCAUUAAUGAUUAUUCGCUGGAUAAGUACGCUCUCGCGAUAUUACUGGUCCUUCCAACUCUCCAACUGGCAGGCGCAACGCAUGCUUAGUUGGUUUUUAGUCGGCUAGCAAGCAGCACGCAUUCCGAGAUGUGUCCAGAUAGUGUCCUCCACCUUGACAGGUCCUUUAGAUGCCGUCAGUUGGAUAAGGGAAAAACAAUUAAGCUGACUGUAAUUAACACUCUCUCUAAAAGAACGCUCCUCCAGUCGCUGUCCAUUGCUUGGGAAAGAUGAACCUCAACAGCGAUAAAACACACCGGAGCAUGGUGAAAAUGCUCACGAUUACCCUGGUGUUCUUCAUGACCGUCUUCGGACUCCUGGCCAACAGCUAUCAUCCCCGGAGCCGUCAGAGGUUCCAGUUCAACAAGUUUUAUUUGGCGUACGCGAUGCUGUGGACCAUCGCAUUCAGCACCGUCUACGGCCGUCAGAUCUACAAGGAGUACAGCCAGGGACAGAUCAACCUGAAGGAUGCCACAACGCUCUACAGCUACAUGAACAUCACGGUGGCCGUUAUAAACUACGUCACCCAAAUGAUGAUCAGUCACCACGUGGCCAAGAUGAUGAGUCGAGUGCCCUUCUUUCAGACCCUCAAAACCCUACGUCUCGACAGCCGGUCCUUGUACACAUCGGUCUCCCUGGCCUUGAUCAAGACCAUGGCCUUUCCGCUGACCCUCGAGGUGGCCUUCUUCCUGCAGCAGAGAAGGACACACCCCGAGAUAAGUUUGAUCUGGACCCUCUACAGGCUGUUUCCGUUGGUCAUUUCGAAUCUGCUGAACAACUGCUACUUCGGAGCCAUGGUCGUGGUGAAGGAGAUGCUGAAGGCACUUAACCGCCAACUGGAGGCGCAGCAGCAGGAGGUUAAUCUGCUCCAGAGGGAGGAUCAACUGAAGCUGACCACCGCCUACUACCGCAUGCAGCGCUUCUGCUCGCUGGCGGACGAGCUGGACAAGCUGGCAAGCCGCUACAAAGUGAUAUAUUUCCACGCCGGAAAGUACCUGACUCCCAUGGCCCUGUCGAUGAUCCUGUCGCUCAUUUGCCACCUCCUCGGCAUCACAGUUGGCUUUUACAGCAUUUACUACUCCAUAGCAGACGCCUUGAUCGCCGGAAAGGCCUUCGAUGGCCUCGGCACGCUCAUCAACUCGGUGUUCCUGACCAUCUCGCUGUCGGAAAUCACCAUGCUGACGCACUUGUGCAACAACCUGUUGGUGGCCACCAAGAGAUCAGUGCUCCUCCUGCAGGAGAUAGACCUGCGGCAUGCCGACUGCCGCUACCGGCAGUCGGUUCACGCCUUCACCCUCUUGGUGGCCGUCACCAAGUUCAAGAUCAAGCCCCUCGGCCUCUAUGAGCUCGAUAUGCAGCUGAUCAGCAACGUUUUCUCGGCAGUGGCCAGCUUUGUGCUCAUCCUGGUGCAGGCGGACCUGUCGCAGCGCUUCAGGAUGCACUAG